UCCUUUGGACUAGCUACGGCAAGCCGUGAGCGACAUACAUGCUAGUUUACUGUGUAUGGUAUACCCUCACCGCCGACCUUCCUGUUGUUUUACUAAAUACUAAGAAAAUGUGACACUAUUUGUUAUACAACUCGGUUAUAGCUGGCUACAAAAUUGUCCUGAAAAUGUCGGCGUUGCGUCUCGCUGCUAAACGAACAUGUGGCGUGAGAGUCAGUCGUCCUUCCUGUAACCUGUCAACAAACGAUGGAUACAUGGUAACAAACGUGGGGAGUCUCCCCCGAAGAAGACACAGCAGCCUACAGAGCCACAUGACAAAUGUAACGCGUCUGUUGAGCUCUCAACCUCAUAACUCCAAGGUACCACAGGCUGCAACAUGGGAGCCAGUACCAGAGGAGCAGCUUCCUCCGCCUACCCAAAUCCCUGCUGACCUGGUGGACAAACUGGAGCGACUGGCCCUGGUUGAUUUCCGCACCAAACAGGGACUGGCCUGUUUGGAGAAAGCAAUACGAUUUGCAGAUCAGCUACAUGUCGUCGACACGUCAGGGGUUGAGCCUAUGGAUUCGGUUCUGGAGGACAGGGCAUUAAACCUGAGGGAGGAUGCAGUGAUGGAAGGCGACUGUGCUGAAGAACUGCUUCAGCUCUCCAAAAACACAGUUGAAGAAUAUUUUGUGGCACCACCAGGAAAUAUUCCUCUACCAAAGCGGGAGGAGAGGACCACCAUGCUGAAACACUCAGAGUUAUGAUAUUUAUUACUACUUUUUCAUUUGGGAAGUUGUUUUGUACUAAAAAACUGCUUGUCAAGCAUUUAGUUUUUUCAGUUUCAUUUGACACCUGCCGUGUGGAUACAUCUGUCUUUGGUUUUAGUAUCAUUUCAUGAAAACAGUGAGUGAGCAGUGUGUUGGCAGCCUGUGUUAUGCAAUGGCAGUACAUUGUUUUAUGAUCUGUGUGUAUCCUCUUUUCAUUCUAGUGUUUGACUCUAAUAAAAAAAACAAUAUUUAA